GGCGUCUGUCAGCCAAGCGCAACAGGCGAGAGCUAUUUAGAGAGCGGGCCAAUAUAUUGCUCUGGCAACGGUACUGCAAGCGAGCGUCACCCACCCUCACAGUUUUGACAGGAGCAAGAGGAGAGAACGGUGCCUCAGUCUCGGGAACUUAUCUAUCCUUCGAAAUGGCAGCGGCACGGGGCGGUAGAUCCCGAGGAAAUCGAGUGGAUGAUUUGGAAAUGCGUCAACUUCGGAGCGAUUUAGAUCGGAACUUCAAGCCGAUAUUUGACAGACAUGGGCCGGAGGGUGUGGCGCUGGGGGAGCUGCAGCGGGAGAUGCAGGAAGAGGGCAUCACCGACAAGAUCAGCAAGCGGCGCCUGAACCAGCUGCUGGACCGAGCCGACCACAACGAUGACAACAUGAUCACCUACACUGAGUUUGUCAAUCUUAUGACCAGUGAUGAGGGACUGACAAAGUCAGAAAGAUCAGCUUUCAGAAGCUUCCUUGGGGCAGCCAUUGCCAACAUCGUGCCACAGAGUUUGAGGAAUGACUUCCUCGCCAACUACAACUGCCGUCCACCUCCACUCUUCAUCAUCAUCAUGAGCACUGCCGAAAUAGUGAUAUUUGGUGUUUACGCUGCUGAGCUGGCCAAGCAAGGUACACCUGUGACAGCCACAAGUGGAGUGCCCAUGUACAGCCCCCUUGUGUACACGCCGAGACGCAGAUACGAGGCCUGGCGAUACCUCACGUAUAUGUUCAUACAUCAAGGAUUUCUACAUAUACUAUCCAACAUGAUCUUCCAGCUGUUGUUUGGUCUGCCUCUAGAGAUUGUACACAAGUGGUGGAGAGUCAUGGUGGUGUACUUGUGUGGAGUAAUAGCAGGUUCAUUGGCUCACUCGGUGACAGACCAUUCCGUGGCACUUGUCGGAGCUAGUGGAGGAGUGUAUGCCCUACUGGGGGCUCAUCUAGCUGCCGUAGCAACGAACUGGAAGGAGAUGAACUACAAGUGCUGUGAGGGGAACAUAGCCCGUGUGCUACUGAGUGCUCCCGUCAGACUCUUCAUCAUCUUGACCCUCGUUGUGCCAGAUACCAGUCUCGCAAUCUACAGACGAGUCACGGCACCAGAGGACCAGAAAGUUGGUGUGUCCGCUCAUAUUGGAGGGUUCCUGACAGGUGAGUCUGUUGCUGGGUAUCCCGUCUUGAAGAACAUCAAGAAGCUGCCCUGGGAGACAACUCUCGGCUGGGUCACAAUGGCCGUGUUCCUGCUGCUGGUGGCGUUUGCCGUUCUCUUCAAUGGUCUCUACAAAGGCUACCCGGCCACAGACUGGAGUUAGUGAGCUCACAGAGGCAGCGUGCAAUUUGAACAUUUUAGGUUUUAUGACAUUUACAUAAUUGUACAUACCCAUAAUAUUUUAAAUAUUUUCAGCAUAUCCUCUACUUUCACGACUUUCUCAGGAUAAGUUUUUGAGAGUAAAUGUGCAUGUCUCAUCAGUGUUAUGUCCAAACCAGUAUAUGUUCAUAUGUGCCUUAAACUUGUCAUGUAGAUCUGAAUCUAAACUUGAAUACUUUCUGUCCAUCUGACAUAAUCUAUUACUGUUUUGUCCAUAUAAGACAAUCAUUUCUAUAUAUCCAAACUGCAAGUCGGAGUUUGGUAUAGUGUGUGGUAUUUUCUCAUGGCGAAGCUCAAAGAGAAUAUGUCAUGUAUUGCCACACAGGUUCCACAGAGUUUCACAGAUCAGGAAUAUUGUAAAUUCAUAUCUACAUGAUUCAUAGUUCUAUUUCAUAUUUGAAAACACUGGUGAUCAAAAUAUAAACAAAUAUUAAAAAUGCAUCUAUUUAGAGUGAUCAAAGCGUUAAUGAUCAAAAUAUAAAAGAAAUUUCAAAAAUGCAUCUUUUAGAGUAUCUGUAAAAGUAUUUCCCUUUUAAAGAAAUGAAAUGAAAGAAAUGUGGCGCAUGAGUGAAAGAGUUACUUACCUUCCAAAAUGAUUUAUCUGAAGAUUUUAUACAUUGAGCAAUUCUUUAAACUUAGCAAUAUUAAAAAUAAGUUCCCGGACAUUAUAAAGAUAUAAUUGUAGAACAAUUAUUCUGUUUUUAAAAGUAUUAUUGUGUAAAAGUUUUGUAAGUCAAUGUUGUAUUUGUAAGUAGAUGCAUAAUAUUGUUUGUUUCAAUUAUCACUAUGAGUGAUGACGGUAGGAGUUUACAAUUUCCUUGGUGAUGAUCAUUGUGUUUAUUUCAGGACAAUCCUCAUGUUUUCUAUCAGUAUUGAAGAAUGUACAGCAGCUUACAACAAUGUACUCUUUUAAAUGGAAGGUAUUGUAGAGAAUGAAACAUCAGGAUAUGCAUUAUCAGGUAAUAUUUAUUUAGCAGAUUUUGAUGUUGUAAUCAAAAGUAUAAAUGUUUAAUGAGAGGGACUUAAUGUAUAAGUGACUGGGAGGUUAGGUUUGACAAGCUGAGUGGACACUGGUACAUCAGGUCAAGUAGAGAGAUAGUGGUCGAAGGGAACACAGAGGUCAGGUAGGAACACAGAGGUCAAUAAGUAAUAGAGGUCAAAUAGUAACAGAGGUCAAGUUGCAAUAGAGGUCAAGUAGUAACAGACCAAGUAACACAGAGGUCAAUAAAUAAUAGAGGUCAAGUAGUAAAAGACCAAGUAGUAACACAGAGGUCAAUAAAUAAUAGAGGUCAAGUAGUAAAAGACCAAGUAGUAACACAGAGGUCAAUAAAUAAUAGAGGUCAAGUAGUAACAGGUCAAGUAGUAACACAGAGGUCAAGUAGUAACACAGAGGUCAGUUAGCAACACAGAUAAAUGUUAAUAAGUAAGAGAUGAGAUAGUGACAAUCAGGUAAAGAAAUGACUACAAAUUGUAAUGAGGAGGUCAAAAAGUGACCUGAGGUUAGGAAGUGAAAUAUUAAGUAGGGCUUCAACGAGUCCAUUUUCUUGGACUCGAGUACUCAAGGGGUGAGACUCGACUCGGACCCGAGUACUCGAAAUUCAUACCUUUCAAACAAACAAUAGCGUAACUGGCAUGACAUGUGUUCGAUCACACAAGUAAACACUUACUUCAUUCCGACUUCAUAUCGUUGUGUGACUAACAUUUCCUAUUGGUCAGAAUCCGUAUUUGCAUGUUUACUUGCCAAAUGUUGUUUUUUUCAUCGUACUGGUUGCACUGCCUGCAUAACGCAGUAAUAUACCGCACAGGCGGCAUUUGGUUAUUUUUCUCUUUUCACUAUCCAGAUCAAGACACACCCAUACAUUUGAUUUUUUAUCGUUCUCCAUGUCUGUUAAGAUAGUUACCUAAUCAUUUUAAGAAGUGAAAUCUCAAACGAUGUAUAAUAUUUACUCUCAUCUGCAGACUUGUAACAACUAAUACCAUACAGCCACAACUUAUGAGGAGUAAACUACUUAAUCUGGAUGUAUAAGAAUUUCCUCUGGGGUAAUAUAUUUAUAUCUUAUCUUAAUAUUAGACGUUUAACGGCGCUCAUGCUUAUCACAUGGCAGACAGACAGUCUGCCGUUGUAAUCCAAUAAUUCGAGUUAUCUCCCUUUUCGAGUCCUCGAGUCCUAGAAAAUGGACUCGAGUCCAGCUAAACCCGACUUGUCCUUGAGUACUCGAGUACCCGUGGAAGCCCUAAUAUUAAGGAGUAUGGAGGUGAAGAAGUGAAACUAACAUUGUUCACCACUUAGUAACCAGAGUGUCCUACAGUAAUGUAGAGGUCAGUAAAUAUCUCAAAGGGUUCAAAUACUGACAAGGAGGUCAGUAAUUGAACUGAGAAGGAGUCAAGGAAAUUUGAAGACAUCGUGAAACAGUGUAGAGAUAUUUUUUUGACAGUAUAUUUUGGUCACUUUCUUAAGUGGUUUGUUUUCAAAAAUGGGAAAGAAGUGUAGAGAUUAACACAUUGGGAUUACACUUUCUCAGUAUUCAAGUCUGAAGUUACUAUCAGAAAGUCAGACAAUAUGACUUCAAAUGAAAUUGUUCAAUGUAUUUACCAGACUGACCUGAGUGCAGUGUCAAUUCAGUGGCUUUUUAAUAUGUAAAGCUCAUUUAUUUAGAAUCAGUAUAUUUGUAUGAUUUCGUUAUGUUUUAGUUUGGUAGUGCUUUUGACCCUUUGCCCUGCCAUUGAAACUUUGUAUUACUGGGUCCCAUUUUGUCUUGUGAGAGUAAUUAUACAGUAUUGUACAUGUGUAUUUUGUAUUUUGGUAUGAACAAGUUACUCAACUAGAAAUAUACAUGAAAACAUAGCAUCAAUCUUACUUUAUUUUGCUAGUUUUGGUAUAUUAUUAAGUGAAAAGGAUGACUGUGAAUGUAGUCCAUUGCUAAUAAUUCACCGACUCUGUUCAUGUUUUGAACAAAGGCCCCUACAAGAAUGUAUAUGCAAUACCUGGAUGCUAACUACUUUCCACGACAGAACAGCUCUGCUUUUUUCAGGAGGCCAGAGGGAAAUAAUUUCAGUUGCUACUUGUGAGGUGAUGAAAUAUCUGACUGACAAACCUUAAGAGUAAAUGGCUGUUGUGACAUGGAUGAAAUUAUUUAAUUAUAUUCUCUCACAUGGAAUAAGAUACGAUCAUUUUGUCACUUGACAUCACAUUUACAACAUUCUUGCCAUGUAAACUAUGUGUAUCAUAUUCUUAGCUGCACAGACUGUUUGUCUUUCCAUAUUGUAAUAUCUCAACAUGAAACCACUUGCAUCUACCAGUUCAUAUUUUUAUGGUCAAAGAUGUUUUGAGACUUUUACUAUUUUUCUACUGUUUUCUCUUUGGAAACAUUCAUUUACUGUGACAUGUCUUGCCUGUUGAUAUGAAUAUGGUUGACAUUCACUAGGGUUAUGAAUAAAGAUGUCGAGUUUGACAUGUGCAUCUGCUUCCAAGAUUCUUCUUUGAUUUGUGUGCAUGCUGGUCUAGAGUCGGGGUUUAUUUACAGUCUACACAGUAGACUUGUGUGAUUUUACCUCUGUCGUCAUGCAUGUCAGCAGUAAAUAUUUUCAGUAAGUGUGUGAGGAUGGGAAGUUCUAUAUGUAUGUUUACACCCACUUAUAGAGACAUGUUCCAUUGGAAUCAUUCAUUAAAAUAUGGUAUAACACUUGCCAUGAUGUCAGUGAAUAUUUGUUGUGCUUUCAAAAUGUUAAUACAGAUUCUAUGUUCUUUCACUAAGUUUGUGAAUUAUUCGUUUAGAGUUACCAAUGGGUUGCGACUUUAAAAUACAAACAACUUUUUGUCUUUAUAAAGGUAAUAGUAUAUAUUAAAUUUACAUUUGGAAAGCCAAAUAAGUUUAUGUUUAGGUGGUAUAUUUUUAAACAUCACCAACUGGUGACUUUAUAUUUAGUCUUAUCACAUUCUUUGGUAUGAGACAAAUGAGAAGUUUAAAGUUCUUUUGUGAAACUUUGCUACUUGAAUUAUAUAUAUGUACAUAUCUCAGUUGAAUUUAAUAAUUUUAUUUCCAGCAUAUCCUGUUAUGAUGUUUCAGUAUUUCUUUACGUCAAUAAUUUAUGAUGAGCAUGUUAUUAUUUUGUUAUAAUAUGAUGUUAUAACAGGUGUAGAUGCCAUGCAUGAUGUGUGUGUCACCACAUGUCAAGCAAUAUGUGAUUCUUGAUAACUUGCACUGUUUUGUAAGGAAUUAAAUCUACUAUAUCACUUUA